AAAGGAGGGGAAGGAAAGGAGGGUAGGUUAGAGGAGGAGAAAAAUAAAUACAGAGGAUAAGAGGCGGUGUUAUCCCAGAGAUUUAAAAAACUCUCAAUUGUUAGGGAAUUCCAAGCCGGUCCAGCACAAGUAGGCAGACUCUGUUCAGAUUACUUUUCUCUGUUCCUCUGAGCAGUGUGGGGGGCACAUUGUGAGAAAGGAAAAGGAGGCUGGGGGGGAGUUAGACUACUCACUCAGUGCUGGCUGGAGGCAGGAUUUGUCCUCAGUGACUCUAAGGGUGGUUUUUAUUGAGCAUCCCGAGCCAGUUUUCCCAUGAAGGGUUAGGACGCAUGCUGUGAAUUACCUGUCUUCAUGGAGAAGGAAACACUAGAAAUUGUUUAACCCUUUCCUAUGCACAGCGCCUCACACUUUGCAGCUGUGGACAUACUAAACAGGACACAAUCCUAGAAUCUACUGGACCACUGAACCAUGAAAUUGUGGUUGCCCUGCUGCUCAGGUUGGCACAUUCUGCUCUGCCUCUGUGCUUUUCUGGACAAAGGUAUGUGCACAUGGGCACCCAACACCCAGUACCGCUAUUCACCCGUACUGCAACCGAAAUCCAGGGAGUCACUCUCCACGCCUAGAAGGAAUUGGUGUUCAGUGCCUGUGAGUCGGACAGUUUCAUGCCAAGUUCAGAAUGGCACCUUCAUGCAGAGAGUGUAUCAGAACUGCCACUGGGCAUCAGGCUGCUCAGGAGGGAGUUAUAGAACAGUUGCCAGACCGACAUACAGACUCAGCUAUAAGACAGUGACAUUGCUGGAAUGGAGAUGCUGCCCAGGAUACAGAGGAACAAACUGUGAGGAAGAUACCAUGGCCUUGGCAGAAGUACAGGAAGCUCCACGGAUCAGUGCCCCAAUUCGAAAAUUGCCUCCCAGGGCUGGGAGCAGCUUUUCAGGUUGUCUAAACUGCAGCCAAAUCCCUGAACUGAGCGAACGUUUGAGCUCUCUGGAAUCCAAGGUAGCAGUGAUUUUGGAAUCUGAUCCUUCACUGUCCCAAAAGCUUAGCUCUCACAAUACUGCAUCUCCAUUGUUGGGAAACCCAGCAGCCCGGGGUAGCCCUGGGGAGGAAUCUGCAAAGGGCAUUGCUGUAAGGAAAAACUCGCAGGGACCAGUUGGUGUUCCAGGGAGCUCAAGGAUGCCAGGAAUAAAAGGCCCAGCUGGGCCCCCAGGUCCCCCUGGGGCUCCAGGUCCACCAGGACAGGAUGGCGCAGUCGGUCCUACUGGUGAAAGAGGCCCCCCUGGCCCUGCUGGCCCUUCAUCCACUGCAACACAGAGGCUAAUGGAUCAGGACUUGUUUCAGUCAAACAAAUUUAUGGAAACAUCAGGACACAGUAUUCAGGGACCCAAGGGCCCUCCAGGACCAGCUGGGCCACCAGGACCCCAAGGCCAAAUUGGGCCCCCAGGACUAAGAGGCCAAAAUGGUUUACCUGGUUCCCCGGGUCAAAAUGGCCCUAAAGGAGAGAAAGGAGACAGUGGUCUGUCUGGAAUGGCAGGUGACCCAGGAACAAAGGGGGAACUUGGGACCCCAGGACAAAAAGGGGAACCUGGAGAGAAAGGCGAGCCGGUGGUCAGCCUAGCCUCCUUCCUCCAGCUACAAGAACAGCUGGAGCUGCUGGUUAGAAGGGUCACUCUGCUUGAGCACAUUAUGUGGCCAGAGACUGAUGCUGGUUCAGGAACAGGACCUACCCCCUCUGGUGCUCCUGGAUUUUAUCGGGGCAGGCGCAAUGGGCCGUCACAUUACAGAUUUAUGCCCUCUGAACAGUAUGAGGAUGAGGAGGAAAGUUUCUGAUGGUGCCAAGCUGAAAAACAUUGAAUUCUCUUCACCCUGCUGAUAUCAAAGUGCCUUACUACCUACCCCCUGUAAAAAAAAAGGUUGAUGUCAGCUAUAUCCUAUAGGGACACUUUGUGUGUCCUGGGGGCUUGCACUGCAAUCUCAGCCAUUGUGUUGAUAAUUGCUCUACCAAUGAAGGGACUUCCUAAUGUUUAUUUUACCAAGGUGCGUCCCUGUUUCCACUUAAAGGGGGCCCGUCUCCCAACAAAAAUAUUCCAAAUCCUAUUUUAUAAUGUUAGUCAAGCAAAAUUAACUUUAAUUACACUGUAUAAAUUAUUUGAAUCUUGUUUCCUUCAGUCUGGGAAUUCAUAAAUAUAGCAAUCAGGCAGUCUUGCAUUAUCUCAAAAUCUUGUUUGUGCACCAGAAUGGGGGGCCUGAUGUCCAUCCCCAUGUACUGGCUACACAAAUAAAUGGUUAAGGGAAGUGGAGGAAUGUGGGGAGAGCAGUGACAUCUAGAAAGCGCUGAAUGAAAAGUUAAAGUAAUUGCUUGCCCUGCCUCUAUGCCUAAGGCAUAUAAGAGGGGCAGCCAAUAUUUGAUUGACAUUUUUAAAUGUGUUUACAACAGCUAUGAACCCUUUAAUAAAAAAAAUUUGGAUUUUAUGUUUAAUUUGAAAAGGACUUUUAUUAUACAGCUUUUUAUGUCUGGAUGACAGGUCCACUUUAAGUAUCCAUACAAUAAUAAUGAUUUUACUUGCAUCCACUUAGUCCUCUUAUAAAUAAUGGAACAUGGACCAAGAGCUUUAUAUGAACAUGAGUCUUCUGUAUUAACUGAAGAAUUACAUCUGUGCCCCUUUAAUUGAUUCUAAAGCACCCCUUCAAGCAUCAAAAUUCCCCAACAAACAGCAUCUAAUAACAAACUGUAAAGUAAAGACUGAAAAAACAGGAUGAUGAGUGGGCAACAGUAAAUGAUAUAUACAUUAACACCCAUAUCAGAACAAGCAGAUACAUAUCCCACAAUCUUGUCAUCCACCAUGAAAAAUAAAUACAUUUGUAUAAAUAAAAUACUAUUUUUUGUUUUUUUUUUUACAAAAAUCCCAUCUUUUUUUGUAUAUUUAUUAGAAGACCCUGCAAAUAAUGUAAAACUCAUAAUAUUAAAAACUAUUAGAAAA